AUGUCAAUGCAAACAAUACAAAAUUCAUCUAUGGAUGAUUUAGCGGAUUUAUUAAUUAAUAAUUUGGAUAGAAGUAAAAUAUUUCCACCAUAUUUUAAUAAACCAAGAGAAUUGAUCAAUCCAUGUCAUGGACAUAAUAAAACACCACCAAGACCACCAAAUGGUUUUCUAUUGUGCAGGAAGAAUGUACAUAAAGAAGCCAGAUCACGGGGUAUAUGUAAUAUGAGAGUGAUUAGCAAGGUUACUGGAAUGUUGUGGAGACAAGCUUCGCAAGAUGAAAAAGAACACUAUUUGAGACAAAACAAAUGGUUUUAG